AUGGGUAAGCUAGCAAAAUUCUCAAAGCCACUCAUCUUCCAAUCUAAGCUCCUCUGUUUCUCUCUCAUCUACCUCUUUUCCUCUCUCUCCUUGGCCGUGUAUUUCACCGUCUCCGCCACAAAAUGCAUUUUCCGGUGGUCGCCUUUCGAUCCAGUCCAGGCCCCACUUUUCUUAUAUCCAUCCUCUUAUGGAGAACACAAACACGCCAUCCCGACGACUCGCGCCUCGUGCAAUUCCCCUGUUUCUUUUUCGGAUUAUCAUGUGGUUUUUGAUGAAAUCAAGACAACAUUUGGUAACUCGACAAGAAAAUCGGCUCUGAGGUAUAAAAAACAGGGGAAUUAUGGGAUGUUUGGAGGUAAUCUUAGUUUUCCCGAGAGAAUUUCUUAUUUCGAUCGUCGCGAAAAUGGAAUUGAAAUCCCAUGUGGGUUAUUUAGGCGCUUUCCUAUCGGUGAUUCAGAUAGAAUUUCAAUGGAAAAAUGCGACGGCCUAGUGGUAGCAUCCGCCAUAUUCAACGAUCACGACAAAGUUCGACAGCCGAGAGGACUCGGGUCGAAAACCCUAGACAAUGCAUGCUUCUUCAUGUUUGUCGACGAUGUCACUCUAAACCGACUUCACUAUCACAAAAUGAUCUCGAAAACAUCAAAAGAAUUAAAAAUCGGUGCGUGGAGAAUAGUUAAUGUCUCGGCCGAUCAAUUGUACGAAAAUCCCACCAUGAAUGGGAUCGUGCCUAAAUACCUUAUCCACCGGAUCUUUCCUAAUUCAAAGUAUAGCUUGUGGGUCGAUGCGAAGAUGCAAUUGGUGAUCGACCCAUUUUUGUUGAUUCAUUCGCUUGUUGUGAAGGAGGAUGCGGACAUGGCUAUCUCGAGACAUCCUUAUUUUUUGCACACGAUGGAGGAGGCAAUGGCAACCGCCCGGUGGAAAAAAUGGUGGGAUGUAAACGGGUUAAAGGUACAAAUGGAGACUUAUUGCGAAAACGGGUUGAAUCCAUGGAGCUCGAACAAGCCUUACCCAACAGAUGUACCAGAUAGUGCACUUAUACUAAGGAAACACAGUGUAGCAACAAAUAUAUUUUCAUGCCUAUUGUUCAAUGAACUUGAAGCAUUCAACCCAAGAGAUCAACUUCCAUUUGCAUUCGUGAGAGACAAAAUGAGCCCAAACCUUAAACUCAACAUGUUUGAGGUUGAAGUUUUUGAACAGUUGGCAUUAGAAUACAGGCACAACAUUAAAAUGGGCCGGGCCGGAGCAGGGCCCAAAACCAAGAUGGCCGGCCCAGAUUUAUUUGCCAACAGAAGUUGUGGAAAAUGUGAAGACUACCUUUUGCAUAUGUGGGGUGAAUCCCAUGAUUGA